CAAUCCUCUAUUACCCCUUUAUUUCCAUACCCUAACCCUAAAAUUCAAAUUAUCCUAUGGCGACCAAAGAAGCCUCUGUGGUCGUCGUGACCGAGGUGGUUGAGAAUCCUCCUCCUGAGCCGGUUACCACCGAUACCGCGGAUGACAAACCGGCAGCAAAGGCCGGCAAGGCCAAGAAGCCUAAGGCGAAAAAGGCACCCGCUCCGAGGAAGCCUAGAAGUGCUCCGGUUCAUCCUCCAUACGAAGUGAUAGUUAAGGACGCGAUUGUGACAUUGAAGGAAAUGAUUGGUUCGAGCCUGUACGCGAUCACUAAGUUCAUUGGGGAGAAACACAAGCAGAUGCUGCCCAACUUCAAGAAGCUUUUGCUUUUCCAUUUGAAGAAGCUUGUGAGUUCUAAUAAGAUCGUCAAGGUCAAAAACUCCUUCAAGCUCUUGCAUGUGAGGUCCUCGGCGCCAAAGCUUGCUUCUCCGGUGAAGAAGAAGCUGAUGGCUGCUGCUAAACUGAAGGCAAAAGUUGUUGUGCGAAUUCCCACUUUCGGACUCGUCCACGCGCUGCACGCGCGAUCACUUUCAGCCAAACAACAACCCCACGUGGGGCUGUUCCCUCAGGUUUCAAAGCAAAAAACAGCCUAA